AUGGCCGAGCUCGAGCGUAGUCUGCACGAGACGCUCGCCUCCGGCCUCGGGGGCGAGGUCACCGACCGUGUAGUCCAGUCAGGCAACAGUCGUCCACUAUGGCUCCUCAAGCCGCUCCCGCUCCCCGCGCAUAGCGUGCAACCUCGCGAAACCUCGCUAGUUGGGAUGUGCUCGAACAUUAUCAGCGCGAACUUUGACGCCUUCCGCCCCGGUGACUUGCGUCUUCCUCCCGUCCUCUUCAGGAAACUCAUGGCUACCGUAUUCCAUGACCGGUACUAUUCAGCAGAUAACACGAGCCCCGCCCGACCAGACCAGGCGACGAUGUGGGCCUUUAUGGCGAUCCAUGACCCCGAAGGCGCGGCACAAUGGGCACCGAGUCACACCAUCGCCCUUCCCGCAGCGAAUACAGUCCGCAAUCUCGCCACCUCCACUACCCGCCUCGAAGACCGCGAACAUCCCCUCCUCGAGAUCCCGCGUAUCUUCAAGGAACUCAACCCCGACAAAUUCAGAUUGUUGACGACUCUAACGCUCGAUGACAGCGUCGACGACGCUGGCCUCCAGGCCCUCCGAUGGGCUGACCACCUCACUGUACUCUGGAUCCGGCAGGGGGUGAUUAGCGACGACGGAAUACGCAUGCUCGCCGCCUCGCUCGAGCUUCCCGAUUGGGAGGAAGGCCGGGGAUGUUGGCGCCUCCGCGCGUUAUAUCUCCCUGGAUGUCGGCGGGUUGGUGACCGGAGCAUGAAAUCGCUCGCUCGAUGGCCCGGACUCAGCGUCAUCGAUGUCCGCGAUACGAGCUGUACGGAAGUGGCUUUGGGGGUCGUGAACCGCGCCAGUGCGGGAUACUUUGAGGAUCAGCCCCCAUUCCAGCGCUGUACCGAUGGGUUGAAGGAUCUCUUCCAGAUCGAUCAGGAGGAGGUGCUCGACAACCUUGUUGCGAGUCUCCUCAAGCCCGACCUUCCUUCUGAAGGAUCCAAAGAUGUCAAAGAGGAGGAAGGGGAUGAGCGCCGCCACCUCGCCCUACACGUAGUGCCAGGCCCCACCCCCAGCCCAGAGCACCUCCACGAUGCUCUUCGGCCCACCUGGUCAUCCGACCUAGGCCCAACUCAUCGGGGCCACUUCGUGACCGGCGGCACAGGGACGGUAUGGGGCCGCAACGCCCGCAUGGUAAAUAACCACGAAGAUGAGAAGCGGCGGCACGCCGUCGAGUGGGCGCUCAACUUCCAAUCCCACGAGGAGGCGGUAGACCGCGCCCUUGCGACCGGCAAACGCGCCCCCAAGAGCUGGUGGAAAACGGAGCGGGAAGAGGCGAACCGUGGCCUCCGCGAGUUUCGGGACGGCGUGAAGCGCGCCCAUGGCUGGAAGGCCAUGGUGGCGACCAACCACGCCGCAGGCCGGGUAUAUUAUCCCAAGAAGAAGGAGGUCGAGGUAGUCGAUGGCGAGGUGAGGGGAAUGCCUGACCUCAUGAUGGUUCGGUUGGUACAUCCCCAGUGGUGGGAGUUGAAGUACAAGAGGGCCGAGGCGGUUGUGCAGACGAACGUACGCCGGACAGCUGUUGGGCGGAGCGAGGUCGCGGACAUGCUCGUUUCUGUUGACGCGCCGGCCAAGACGCAGGUGCAGAGUCAGUCGAGCCCGCCCGCUUUGCAGUCUCCCGCGCAGCGCAGGCCAUGGAUCACUCGUGCAGCUCCAGCAUCGUUUGCACCUCCAAGUCAAAGCCAGAGCCAGGUCAAGCGGAACCCCUUCGCAGCCAAAUCCGGGAGAUCGUCAGGGAUACACCAGCUCGGUGACGCGAAGGAGACCUCACAAGCCAACCCGGUUCGCUUGGAUAGAGGCAGGCAUGUCGUUGGGCCUGAGAAGAGCGUGGUCGGGAAGAAGGAUCCCCUCUUAAACAAGGGAAAGGUCGAGGACCCUCUAGCGUUCUUGGACAAGGACGGGGCAAAGACCAGGACUGUACCUUCCAGAGACCAGGACGAGGACGAUGACUCGACUCGCACCCGCAGAGACCCCCUCAGCUUCGUCAAGACGACGAGCAAGGACUCUGCCUCGUGUCCGAAUGUCAAGCCAAAGUCGCAGCCGGAGCCAAAGCCACAGCCACAGCCCGUGAAGCCCCAACCCAAGUUCACUGCCGCGAAGAAGCGCCCAGCCCCGACGCCCGCCGGUGCGCCUCCUAAGCGCAAGCUCACAGAUUUCUUCGCUCCCAAGUAG